AUGCCUUCCACCAACGUGAAGCUCCCUGGCGUUCACGAGCUAUGCUUGCGAAGCCCGACAAUCGUGGAUGUUGACUGGGAUGCCGGUCAUGAGAAUGUGGACAGCAGCGAGUAUAUUCCUGGAAAUCUUAAUAAUAUCAUUCGACUUCCUCCAAUUUCUACGCUCCUUAGAGACAUCCCAUCGCCGAAGUCCCAAGGAGAUUCGCCCACAUUUUCGACUCCCAGCUGCGGCUCUCCAGUGCCAUCUCCAUACUUUCAGUCCUCGCCCUUCUCGACUUGGAGGCUAGACGCACCACGGUCGCUCUCCGUUUCAGAGGAGUCAUUUUGGCAAAUCCCAACGCCCGCUCACUCAAAACGCGAUCUCUCUCUGCUCCAGGACGAAAUCAGCGCGCUUGCGCGAACCCAGAAUUACGUGCUGGAACAACAAUUACGGGACAACACUGACCUGAUUAUCGCCGAGCUUGAAAGUUUCGCAAGCAAUGACCUCAGCAGCGUUGCCGUUAGAACCACCACGCCCCCACGGACCACAGCAAUACCGCCAUCACGAGCCGCAUUCAUCCCGUCAACUAGCGUCAGCAAGCCGUUACCCAUUCUUCAAACAACAGCCACACCUUCUCAGCCCGCUGUUGGGGUCUCAGCCCUGUCCCAUUCCCUGCCCUCUCCCGCCACCCGCAAGCGCAACAACCAGCCCUAUCCCUUCCAGCAGGAGGCCUUCGUCAUUUACCAUCGCGUAGACCUGCACAUGAGCUGGGACCAGAUUCGCACGGCCUUCCUCGCGCGCUGGCCCGACCGGGAACGCACUGUCGGCGGCCUGGAGUGCAUCUACUACCGCACAAACUGGCAUGUGCCCGUUACGACGGCCGACGGCCUGCUGGUGCUGGUCGACCCCGCUGAGGAAGGGCUGUUAGGCCCGACAUCCGAGGACAGCAGGGUUCAGGGGGAAGGAGGUGAUGGGAAAGGUGAGGAUGAAGAAGCGGGUGUUGGCAGUGGGCAGAACUAUCAUAACUCGCAGAUGGGAGGGUCGUCGACAGUGGGGUACAAGUACUACCGGGGUGUGGCAUACCGUACGAUGCAUGUUCCUGUGAGGCAGGGCGAGGUGCCCCUGAUGGAGAGGUUCCCUGAAGAGUUGGUGGAUGAGGCGAAUGACUGGCUGAGAAGAGACGUUGCCAGAGAGAUGAAUGGCUCGCAGCCAAGCACGCGAGGCUUGCUGAGCACAAUCGUCAACGCUAUGGAACGAAUGUUUUAA